UUUAGCUGUUGAGUGCCUCAUAAUUUGUAUCAUCAUAAUACAAGGAAAAGGACCAGUGUUGGCUUUAUAACGAUUUUUUAACUGAGAGGGCAACUAUAUUUGUCGGUGGUUUGAAGAGAACGACGAACAUGUCUGAAGGCCGGUUAACAGAUGAGAAUAUGGACGAUAUAGAGAAGAUGAUAGGAGAGGGCCGGAAACGCUUCACCCUGCUCUAUAGCAUCUCCCGAGACGCUUGUGAUCCCGACAUAUUCCAUCAGAGGUGUGACAACAAGGGUCCUACCGUCACCAUGCUGUAUAACCUCAAGGGCUCCGUGUUUGGUUUCUAUUCAUGCAUAGACUGGAAAAGCGAAGGAAACUGGAAAGCAGACAGAAAACAUUUCCUUAUUCAACUAAACUACCUGGGAAAUAAGAGGUACACUAAGUGUCUCACCAAAGGGGCUACUACUGAAAUCCUUUGGGAAAAAGCAAAGGGACCAUGGUCGGAAGCAAUCAAAUGCUUCAGUGGGAAAACGCUCGUACCUAAUAACAAUGUUUUCACUCUCAAUGGGAACAUGGAUCGUUUCACAUCAAAUCUCUAUGACACCUGCGGCCUUUCUGCGAGUGACAUCAACAACGGAAGCAUGGAGGUCACAGACCUGGAGGUUUACAGUGUUGCAGAUGGAGAAAGGCCCACGAAUCAAGACAUAGAAUGUCCCUGGCGUACACAGCCACAGUGGAACACGGAGUAUUCUCCAUACCGUUUGCGUUCAACAACAGGAUCGUUUCUCGACUUUAAACUCUGUGACACUCCGGGUUUGGAGAGGUCUCAAGGAAUAGAUAUCCACGAGCUUCACUUUCUACUUGAUGGAAACGUACCUGAAAACUAUGACUUCAACCCUACACAGCAUCUGUCUCUAAGGUCCCCGGAUUUCGUGUUCAACCCGAAGGUCGGCGAUCUUGUCCAUUGUGUUGCGAUAGUUGUUGAUGCCACAACCGUAGAUGAUAUGCCUGGAGAAACACAAGCACAACUGAAAACUUUCAAGCAUGGCAUCUUUAAAAAGAGCAUUCCCUUGGCGAUUUUGCUGACAAAGGUCGACAAAGUGAGCCAUGAUGUCCGGAAGAAGCUUGGUGACAUUUUCAUGAGCACAGACGUUGGAAAACUGGUGAACAAGACGGCCAAAAUGUUGGGGGUUCCCCGAAACGUUGUAUUUCCGAUCAAGAAUUAUGAACAUGAAAUGGAAACGCUAGAUUCCGUAAACUCUUUGGCGUUAUUUGCGCUCAAAACAAUGGUAGAGAUGGCGACUGAUCAUCUUGCCAAUUUACAAGCUGUUAAAGGCGCAGAGGGUGGAGAGGAUAUUUAUCCAGAAAUAGGAAACAUGUCAGACACGGCGUAAGACGAACGGGGUCAUGCAAACAUGUCAGACACGGCACAAGACUAACGGAGUAUUGCAGACAUGUCAGACACGGCACAAGACGAACGGGGUAACGCAGACAUGUCAGAAACGGCACAAGACAAAAACGGGGUAGUGCAGACAUGUCAAAAACGGCGAAAGACGAACGGGGUUAUGAAUUGUUGUUGUUUUAAAGCUUAUAAACUUUAAAGUUCAUUGAUGAUUUUGGAGUGUCAGAAUAAUUUUACUGAAAUAACGCUUUUAAGGUAUUAACGCUGUUCCAUACCAUCGAAAUUAUUGUUUCCUCGUUUACCGGUCUUUGACUUAUAGGAGCUGAAAUCAAAUUUUGCAUCAUUACUUAAGAUCUCUGACAGGGCAUAGACGCAAAAGUAUUGCAAGACCGGUAAUGUGCAUAUUUUGUGUCUCGAUUUAAAACAGAAAAGCUUCCCUUUGCUAUAAAAUGUAAGUAAAACUUAUCUUUAAAAACAAUAGUUUCAACGACUUAGAUAUAUAUGGAUGUAAACAUAUUUCAGUUACUAUUUGGGACGAUUCCUACUGUGAACGAAACUUUGUUUGUUUUAUCCAUUUCAGUGCUUAUAAGCGUAUUUUGCAAGAUUAACACAAUGCAUUUAAUGUGGAACAUUAUGGAACGCGCAUCUGCUCUCGUAUAUAUUUGUGAUUUGUGACGCCAGAGUGUUUGUAUUGAUGACGUUAUACCAUUUAUCGAAUUCAAAAUCGUAUACAUGGAUGAUUCGAAGUUAAUUAGUUAAUACUGUCUCAAAACAAGGGCAUGUUUCAGUCAUUGUUGUAUGCAAUAAUAGCUUUGCAUUCACAUACACACACAAAGUGUUUUAUUCCUAUUGCAUUAACAUACAAAGACAUGUAUGUAUGAUACUCAUGUACCUACAUUUUAAGAGUUUUACAUUUGUCUGUUUAUCAAAUAUUAUACAGAAUAUGCAUUAACGUGUAACAUACGAAUUCAUAACAGUGUUGUAUUGUGUGUUUGAUAUUUGAUGUGUUUUAAUAUAGUGUGCUAACCAUU